AUGCCAACAACCCAAAGGCUACCGUUUAAUUCUGACCAACAACAAAUUAAUCAACCAGUUACAAUGAUUCAAGACCCUCCUAAUCAACAACAACAACAACCCCUCUCCGCGUACCAGUCUUCCACCAACAAAUUUCGAUCUCAAAGCGGACUCAUAGAACUCCUCGGGACGAGAACAGUGAAAGCACCAUCUAAUCCCAUUUCGCCAAAAAGUGAAACUGAAUUGAAGUCUCAGCAAUGCGAUGAAAAUGGGGCCAAUGCCAUGGCUGAUAAUAGUGCUGUUCCUCGGUCUUCUUACAUGUGCCGAAAAUGUCGGGCUCACGGUCGUCUGAUUGCUGUUCGUCAGCACAAACGAAACUGUCCCUACAAACACUGCUCAUGCUCCGUUUGCUCUCUGGUCAAUUAUGGACGACAUAUUGUGGCACGUCAAAUAGCCCUCUAUCGGGAUCAAAAGAAUAACCACAACGAUGAGGGUGGUAACCUCGGAAGGGGUUCACGAGGCGACAAAACACGCGGUGCUGACAAAAUUGAUAGUGAAGACGAGGGGCCACACUGCCGGCGUUGUCGCAAUCAUGGAAAAACGAAUCCCUGGAAGGGUCAUAAGAAGGUGUGUCCGUUCUAUUAUUGCAUUUGUCAACAGUGCAUUCUAAUCACACUGCGAAAGUCCAAUGAGAAGAACCUUCGCGAAGUAGUUCAAGAGUCUUAUAAAGAGCUGGGAUUGAAGAUGUCGAAGAAGCAGCAAAUUUCAGAGAAUGCAAACUUUGUAGCCCCAUUUUAUAACAAGAAGACUUCGAAAUCUGGUCAAGAGAAACAGCCACAUAAUCAAGAGCAAGAGCUACCGCCAGCCUACCAAGAAAGUUAUGGCCUAAGAUGGAGAAAUCAUGAAUCUGGAAUAGAGUCUGCUGAAAAUAAUACUCGAUUCUUACAAGCGAAUGUUCAACAACAAAACGAUUUCUACAACGUUCGAGCUCACCAUGCCGCCGCAUUUGCAGCGGCAGCUGCAGCAGCUGUGGCUUUUCAGCAGGAAAAUGUGAUGACGUCUAUUGAUUCGGUCCCUCCUCUCAAAGAAGAAAGCCAUAUGGAUUGUGGAGCCCAACAGAUGAGUCAAGUUGAAUACCCCCUGCAGGAUAACUGGAUUUGCGGAAAUGAAAUCAAAUGUGCUCUUUCACCAAAGGGUAUUACUUCAACCCAGAUGGAAGAAUUUUCGGGUCAUAAUGGAUUCAAUACAUUCUGGCAAUCAGGAUCUCUUCAGUCAAUCAGAAACGAGGAACAACUGCGUACAGGCAAGUUAAGCUGGUAG